AUGUCAAAUUGCGGAACUCCUUUAUGUCUAACUCCAUCAAAAAAUAAGGAAGGAAAGAGAAGAAAUGUAUUAUUGAGUGCUCCAGAAGAGAUGAUAAAUUACACUCCUUUGGAAUAGAUUACACUACCAAAGAAUCAAAGAAUUAGAUAAUCAUUUUCUAAAUUUUUAUGUGGAAAUAUAAAUGAACAAGAAUUUGUUAAAUUCAAAUGUUUUCCUUUGAGCAUUAAUUAGCCAUUAUAAUAAACUAAAAAGGUUAGAAAUAGACACGAAGAUUUUACAAUAUAAAUAAAGAGAUAAGCAGCAAAAGAAAAAGCCAAAUUGAGAUGGAAAAGAUUGGCAGAAGUAUAAUAAUAUAACUAUUGAGGUGGUACAAUAAAAUAUUUAAUUAAGAAGAUAAAGUGAUUAAAAUUAUUAAUCAAAAAUUUUGAGUAGGAUAGAAUUGGGAAUGAAAAUUGAAAAUUAGUUAGCUGAACAAUCAGCAAAAAUUGAAGAUUUAAAGAGUUAUAAAUUGUAAACAAUGUUAGUUUUAAAGGAAAAGAGGAAAAAAUAGAAUUAAUCAUGUUUUAUAUCACCAAAACAUUAUUAAUUUGAAUUACAAGAAUUAUUCAAAGAAUAAAGUGAUGAAUAUUUGUAUAUUUAUCAUAAGAAUCUACCAAAUACUUCAAAUUUAUCAGACAAAGAUUAUAAUUAAUUACUUGAUACUUAUUUACAUAAGAAAUAAUUGUUUGAUUAAUAUUUAGAGUAAAAGAAACAAAGAAAGAUUGUCAAAUGGAAACCAAUGACAAGUGCAAGUACAUUUUAUAGUACUUCAAUGAGUUGUUAAUCUAAUGGAUUGAAUAGAGAGACUCCAAUGAUGAGAUUGCAAAAUCCUUUAGAAUAAUAAUAAUAAUAGAGAUUGAAGGAAUAUUUAUUAAUCAAUUAAAUUAAUGAAGUAGCCAAUCCAAAGAUGGCAACUAGUAUAAUUACAAAAAAACAUUAGAGACCACAAAAUACAAAAGAUAAAUUAAAAGGAAUAGUUAAACAUAAUAGAAUUAAAUCAAUGGAUAUUAUAGAGAAUGAUGAUGAUGAUGGUUUGGAUAUGUCUAAUGCAUCUAUAACUGAAGCAUUAUUGGACUAAUUGUAUUUAGGAUCAUAAAAGUUAUAAUCUAAAUUGAAAUAAUAAAAUACAGUUCAAAAAAGAGUUAGAGACAUUCUCAGACUUUAAGAAAUGAAAGCUAAUACAAUCAAUGCUAAUUAUUAAAAGCUAAAUAAAUACUAAUAAAAACAUUAAUGAUUAUAAUUUUAUUAUUCUUGGCCAAUUAUAUCAAUGCCGACUCUCUGGCUUCAUAAAAAACAAAUGAAUUAAGGGAAAUGCAAUUGAGAGAUGGAAUAAUUGAAUUGAAUUCAACUGGAUAUUUGUAUCUCUAUUAUAUUCAUUUUCAAGUUAUUACACAAUGGAAUUUCCACGUCCAUAUGAUAUUGUUAUCUAUUUUGUAGCUCCAAGUUGUAAACUUUGCAAUGAUCUUAAUGAACAUUACCAAAAAGUAGCCAAAUUCUAUGCUGAUUCAGGAGCAUUAUAUAAGAGUGAAUCCAAAAGAGCUGUCUUUUUUGCCACAAUGACAUUCAAUGAUAAAAAUAAGCAAGUCUUUGAAUAACUUGGAUUUAUAUCAGCACCAAACUUAUUUGUCUCUUAACCUCAUAUAGUAUUUGUCCCAUAAGAUGAAAGAGAAAGAUAUUUGAGAGACAUGAAAUGGACUAUUUCCUAUACAGAUGGUACAGUCACAGCUCAUAAAUUCCUCGAAUUCAUUAACAAGAGGACUGGAAGAUAGGUUGAUUACAAGGCAUCAACCUCUGAAGCACUUACUGUUAUAGGUGCUCUACUAGGAGCAUUGACAUUAGGAGCUCUUGUAUUUAUAAUAGCAAGACCUAUGUUUUUAAAUCCAAAACUAUGGUUUAUUGGAUCGGUAAUCAUAUUCAUUACUUGUUUGGCUGGAGUUGUAUAUAAUAUUAUACAUAAUGUUCCUUUCUUUACUCAAAACAAUAGAGGAGGUUUAUAAUGGAAAACAAAUAGUGGGAGAUAAUAACUUGGAUUUGAAGGAUUGUUCCUAAGUCUUGGUAUGACAUUUGUUGGAUUGACUAUGGUUUUGAUCUUGAAACUAAAAGUUUUAGUAAAACAUCAAAAAUUAGACCCGUAAUUUAUUAAUAAAUCAAUAGAUUUGUUGAAAGAUUAGUAUAUCUUACUUUAUUCAUUUGUAUCUUUUUAAUCAUUCAAUUCGUUGAAGAGAAUUAUAGACAGAAGUCACAUUACAAUCCAAUAUAUUGGCCACCAAAACAUUAUAUCAAAGGACCAUUAAAUAAAGACUAAGGAAAUUCAUUUUGAGUUU